AUGUUUGCAAAGUCGAACCUCAACGGCGUGGCCUGCACGUACUCUGGCGAAGAUGCGUGCAUGCCAGGGUCCAAGGAAUGCUGUGCCGAGAAUGAUGCAGUUUACACGUACUUGCUUGCAAACACGCCGCCGGGAACCAUCUCCUGGAACUUCGACAAGAUCAUCACGGACCUGUCUGGCAAGCCCUAUGCCGGCGAAGUGAUUAUGCACGGUGGUGAUGUCGAUGCAGCCGUAAGCAAUGUUGUGGACAGCUUGCUGGAGGGUGAUGCGCCCAACUUGGCGGCGCUUCCCGAUGCUGCAACCAAGCUUGGCUCGGUACUCUCGUGGCCUUGGCCGGCCUUGGCUGUGGCAGGAGAAGGCAGGCUGCGCGCCUGGUGGAUCUUUUCUCCUCGCGCUCCGGAGAGGCAUGGGGCAAAGAUCAACGCCCGCCCUGACGACCUGGGGAUCAUCGUGGGGGACUUCGGCGCAGUGUCGGGCCCUUUCGGCAGUGACUAUCCCGAAGAAGCAGAGGCGCCUCUGCAAACAUUGGAUGAUGUCGGAUGGUCCCUGGUCUACGACAAGGACGUGGUCCCUGCCAGCUGCCUCUUCGGCUUCCUCGCCGACUUCAUGGCGACGAGUCAGAAGGUCACGCCGCGAUCGGUGGAGGCCCUCGCUACGGCCGACGUCAUUGGCGAGGCGCAGCUGGAGGUUCCAAUUUCGGACCACAAGGCCAUCAAGGUUGCAUUUCCGCUCCCAGCUCUGGCGGCAUCGAGGACCAAGCCAACCGCGGCCUCUGGACUGCAGGAGCUGCCCGUCAUCGGCUUUGGCAGCCACUUCAUGCCAGAGGAUCUAACGGAGCGUGUCUCCGAUCAGGAUUUCUACCGGCGGGUGGACGAGCUGACGCAAGCCGCUCUGCAGGAAGCGCUGGCGGCUGGUGUGAGACUUAUCGACAGCAGCAACC